ACCAGCAACUACUAUAACCUUUCAACUAUGAUCAAUAUAGUAUUUUACUGGUAGAGUAUAACAAAAGUUUGAAUUAGAAAUGGCGAUUUCAGUAAUUUUGAUGGCAGUUUGUUGUUUAUUUGUUGUUACCUGUGCAUGGGACGACUAUACUGACUAUUAUGAUUAUGAAGAUGUCACGGUCAUGGAAGUUACAAUCGGUUCUAAAAAGGACUUACAUUGUUUUCCAUUUGAUUCCAUUAUAAUUCAAUAUUGGAAACAUAAUGGACAGGAAUAUCAUGAAGGUGAAAAUUUAACGUACUUGCAUUGGAUUGAUGGAGAACCAGGUGCAAUAGAAGUUACGUUUUUAUCCCAGGAACAAGCAGGAAGAUGGGAAUGUUAUUACUACGGCGACGUUUUUGUAUCGUAUUACUUUGUAAUUGUACCGGAUAAAGGCAAACAACAGUUAUGGCCAAUUGAGAAUAUGGAAGAAUCUAGAACAAAUAAUACAUAUAUUGAGACCACAGAAACUUAUAUACCAAGAGAAACCACAGAGGGCACGGUAGAAGUGGUUAAUUCAACGUUAAGUAUAAGAAGUGGGGAAAUUGAAAAUGAAGAUAUUCAAAGUGAAACAUAUGACAAUUUUCUUGAUGUUCUUUUAAAUUCUCUACGCAAUCCAUUUGUAAGAGCAGAUCAGAUAAAAGGAAAAUCAGGUGCAAUUACUCUAAACGCUUCUUAUAUAGCUUUAAGUAUCUUUAUUGUAAACUUAUUGACUUUGUAAUAAUUUAUUUUAAUAUUGAAUUUAUCAAUUCAAAAUAAACUUUAUCUUCAGUAGCGGUAAUCGUUUAUUAAAGAAGUUCUGUUUAUUUUGUACUUUUGUUUUUAAGGAAACUUAUAACAAGGUGGUUGGGUCAUGAAAGGCCAAGCUCUUUUGAAGACAACAAUUAAAAAGACAUAAUUAUCGACAUGUGAAGACAUAUACCAUACACCAAGAUCCAACAAACUCAAUGCCACAAAUGGGCCAUACAAGGAGCAUAUACAAUCCAUGAACACAUGAACACUCACGUUUUAGUUAUAAAUAUUAUAAAUACGUACCGUUGCAUGAAAAAUAAUGAUUAAUUUUUAUUUAUUAACCGUUUAUAACUUAUUCAACUUCCAACAUGUUUUUCAAAAUUAUUUUAUUAUCAGUGUACGUUUAAAUAUCUUCUAUGGAAAGGUUAUGUCUAAAAACAAAUUAAUAUGAUAAGUUACAUAUAAGAUAUUCCUGACUACAAGACUGACUAUGUACUACGAUAAGUUUUUUGAAAAAGUCAAAGUCACAAUUGUUAGAUUGACCUUCUUAGGAACAUUGUGGCAUUACAAAGAAAGCUAUUUCAUGUGAAACAAAUUUCUAAUUUCAUUAUGAGACCCGUUGGCAAGUUAUUUAAUGCCAACUUAUACUAUUUUCUAAAAACUUCUAUUAAUAUAGCCUUAGUUAUGCAAUGGAAUUCAAGUAAUGUUCGUUUAGAUUUUUAUAAAUGAUAAAAAUAUAUUGAGCAUUUGAAGAUUCGCUUAUCUGUUUAGCUUAUUAUGUAGUUUAAGAAGAGGCGGAUAUAUUUAUUGUUAAAACUCUAUUUUCAACUAUAUGCAUUGUUUGGAGUCAUUUGGUAGAGCUUAAUAAACCUAAAGUUCAAUAAAUAGUGAUUAAAGUUAGGUGGUGUACAAUAGUAUUACAAAAGUAUUACGUAGUAAUGUGGUGUCCCCGUUUAACCAGUAAAUAAAUGGAUAAAAAGUGGCUCAUAACAAACAAACGCUUCUAAA